ACGGAAGCCAGCUGAGAAAGGGUAGAGAAGACAAGAUGGCGGAUUGAGUGGGUUGCGCUUUGUAAGGACCGUUGAGACCCUUAAAGUUAGGCAAAAACGGCCUUUAAGGAUUGUACGAGCAACAAUACCAUCGGAGGAGUCGCUUUUGCCUCACGGCUGGGAGGAAGCUGGAACAUUAUUCAGCGGCGGUCCUUGCGACAGCGUUAGCUUGAUGCUAAUGUUAGCUAACGUUAGAGCUGACUAACAUUAGCUGGCCUUAAGCUUGUUCAGAUUUACUUUUCGAUGUAUAAACUGUGAUAAGACACGGAAUUUCUUAUUUCUCCAGGGAUUUUAUUUUAUUAAAGAAGUGGUAGUCGGUAGUUUGUUACUAAAUCGAGCAACAUCAGAAGAGAUCUACCGAUUUUUGUUCUUCCCAGUAGAGAGUAUUGUUUGAAGUGAGACCUAGUCCAUAAAUACUCCCAACCACAUCCACGGCUCUGCAUGUCCUGCUGAUAAUCGGGAUACGCUGACACACGACAUUUAAAGCUUAUCGGUCGAUUUUGUCCUUUGGUGGAUAUUAUGGCGAGCAGCAGUGGCUCCAAAGCCGAAUUCAUCGUCGGUGGAAAAUACAAGCUUGUCAGAAAAAUUGGAUCUGGAUCUUUUGGCGACAUUUAUCUGGCAAUCAACAUUACAAAUGGAGAGGAGGUAGCUGUAAAAUUGGAGUCACAGAAAGCCAGACACCCACAGUUGUUAUACGAAAGCAAGCUGUACAAGAUCCUACAAGGAGGUGUCGGGAUCCCACACAUCAGGUGGUAUGGCCAAGAGAAGGACUACAAUGUCCUAGUCAUGGACCUGCUUGGACCCAGUCUGGAGGAUCUGUUCAACUUCUGCUCUCGCCGCUUCACAAUGAAAACGGUCCUCAUGCUGGCAGACCAGAUGAUCAGCAGAAUUGAGUAUGUGCACACAAAGAACUUUAUCCAUAGAGACAUCAAACCAGACAACUUCCUCAUGGGCAUCGGCCGUCACUGUAACAAGUGUUUAGACUCGUCAGUGGGGAAGAGGAAAAGAAGCUUGGCUGUUAGCUCUUCUCAGGACCCAUCUUUCUCAGGAUUAAACCAGUUGUUCCUUAUCGACUUUGGUUUGGCGAAGAAGUACAGAGACAACCGUACACGACAACACAUCCCCUACAGAGAAGACAAGAACCUGACCGGCACAGCCCGCUAUGCCUCCAUCAACGCACACUUGGGCAUCGAACAGAGUCGCCGUGAUGACAUGGAGUCGCUAGGCUACGUGCUGAUGUACUUCAACAGAACCAGUCUGCCGUGGCAAGGACUCAAGGCUGCCACAAAGAAGCAGAAGUAUGAGAAGAUCUCGGAAAAGAAAAUGUCCACCCCUGUUGAGGUCCUCUGUAAGGGUUUCCCAGCAGAGUUUGCCAUGUAUCUGAACUACUGCCGCGGAUUACGCUUUGAGGAGGCCCCAGACUACAUGUACCUGCGUCAGCUGUUUCGCAUUCUUUUCAGGACUCUGAACCACCAGUAUGACUACACAUUUGACUGGACCAUGCUGAAACAGAAAGCAGCCCAGCAAGGGGCCUCCUCAGGGGGCCAGGGCCAGCAGGCACAAACCCCCACAGGCAAGCAAACUGACAAACCCAAGCCUAACAUGAAAGGGUUCUGAUUGGUUGGUGGGUGAGCGCGUCGUCGGUGGGUGACCAGGACCAAGCGCUGUGUUCCUGCGUCUCUGUGAUGGAAACAUAAGAUCUACACGCCUCCGUCUGCUCUGAUCUAUAUUUUCAUAUGUGUAUAAAUCAUAAAAUUCCAUCUGGGGAAAUGUUUUUGUUUUUAUUUUUUAGACUGGGAAGGCUGUAGCUGCCUUCCCCCACCCUGACCCCUCCACCCCCUCCAUAUUUUUGUCCUCUGCAUCGCCCUGUUUGUUCUUUCUUUGGAGACCGGUGAAGGUUUUUCUGUCCCAGUGGAAACAUCUCGGAUCAUCUUUCCCUCCUCACUCCUUAAUUAUUUCACUCCUUUACCGAUUUAAUGGUAAGAUAUGUAAACUUUAAACUUUUCUUUCUUAAACUGAAUGAUGCAACCCUGGAUGUUUAUUUACAAAGCAGAACUGUUGGACUUUUUCUUGUUUUCUGAUGCUGAUUAAGAGUCUGCCUGUUGAUGAUAAAGAGCUGAUGGCGACUGUUGGUGGUAGAAUGAUAAUUUGCUCUCCCUCUCUCUAGAACUCUGAAGAAUGAAAUCUGUUGUAAAACCUAUGGUCUUCUCCAAAAAUGCCAAUAAAAACAUGAC